AUGGGGGCCGUCAUUGUUCGAGCUGUGAUCUGCCUCGUCUGCCUUGCGUGGCCUGGUGCCACUGCUCAAGGUGCUCCCUCUCUCUCGUAUUUGUCAAAAGUUACUGACCUGGUACUGAACCAUGAGCCAGACCCUCUCACUCUCUCUCCCACCCCCUCUCCCAGUCUCACUUUCACUCUCCCUCCCACGAUAGUUCCCAACCCACCGACAAAAUAUGGCGUCGUUCUCUUUCCUGCCUUCGAGAUGCUUGACGUCUUCGGCCCCCUUGAAGUACUCUCCUGGGCUGCACGGCUGCACGAAAAGCUGGAUCUCUACCUGCUCGCCGAGACACUGGACCCCGUCACCACACAGCCGCAGAGCGCUGCAAUGAACACAUUUAAUUCGUCGUUCUUUCCGACCGUUAACCCAACACAUACGUUCGAUGAUAACCCUGAGCUGGAUGUGCUCAUCGUGCCCGGUGGGCUGGGGACGCGCAACCCUAACAUGGACCGGACCCUGCAGUUCAUCAGCUCCACUUAUCCAAGAGUGCAGUAUCUGAUCACCGUCUGCACAGGGUCAGCGCUGGUCGCCCAGACGGGGAUCCUAGACGGGCGCCGCGCAACGACGAACAAAGCAUCCUGGGACUCUGUCAUCGUUAAUGGGCCGAAUACUACCUGGGUCCCGGAGGCUAGAUGGGUAGUUGACGGCAAUAUCUGGACUUCUUCCGGCAUCUCGGCGGGGAUCGAUGCGACAUUGGCGUUUGUGGCCGAGUUAUAUGGAAAAGAGAACGCAACGGUAAUCAGUGAGUAUAUGGAGUACGAAUGGCAUGAGGACAGCGACUGGGAUCCGUAUGCGGAGAUCUGGGGAGUCGUAUAG